AUGUCGCUGGGUGCCACCAUGCUCGGCCGGCGCCACGUCCUACCCGAGGUCUGCUCAACGCUACACGACAUACAGGUCGAAGGCACCUUUCCCUCGGGCACCUUUCUCGUGACGGUCCAGAACCCAAUCGCCACAGAGGACGGCGACUUCGCCCGCGCGCUGUACGGCAGCUUCAUCCCGGUGCCAGCCGACGCAGACGAACUGUUCCCGCCGCAUCCGGACGAAGCCUUCGCUCAAGAGAACCAACCAGGCGCCGUGGUGUGCGUCAAGAACGAGGUGAUCAAACUCAACGAGGGCAAGAAGCGCAUCAAGCUCAAGGUCACCAGCAAAGGCGACCGCCCCAUCCAAGUCGGCAGCCACUACCACUUUAUCGAAGUCAACCCGGCCCUCGAGUUCGACCGCCUGCGCUCGUACGGCUACCGCCUCGACCUCCCGUCGGGAAGCUCAGUACGCUUCGAGCCCGGCGACACCAAGACGGUCACGCUCGUCGAGAUCGGCGGACUCAAGUCCAUCCGCGGUGGCAACGGCAUCGCCUCGGGCCGGGUCGAUUUCGGCCGGCUCAAGGAAAUCCAAGACCGGCUACAAGAGGCCGGGUUCGCGCACGUCACGGACCCGGCGGGCGACGCCGCGCUGCUGUCGGACGGCGGGGGCCAUAUCAUCGAAGGCGCCACGAUCGACCGCGACACCUACGCGACCAUGUUCGGGCCGACGACAGGCGACCGCGUGCGGCUCGGCAAGACGGACUUGUGGAUCCAGGUCGAGAAGGACUAUACCGUCUACGGCGACGAGUGCAAGUUUGGCGGCGGCAAGACGCUGCGUGAUGGCAUGGGGUCGGCUACGGGCCGCACCAGCGCUGAGUCGCUUGAUUUGGUGGUUACCAAUGCGUUGAUUGUUGACUGGACGGGGAUUUUCAAGGCGGAUAUCGGUGUUAAGGACGGGUAUGUGGUGGGGAUUGGUAAGGCGGGUAACCCGGAUGUUAUGAACGGUGUGACGCCGGGGAUGAUUGUGGGUAGCUGUACGGAUGUGAUUGCGGGAGAGGGCAAGAUUGUGACGGCUGGGGGAAUCGAUACGCAUAUUCACUUUAUCUGCCCGCAGCAGGCUGAGGAUGCGAUUGCUUCGGGGAUUACGACCAUGGUGGGCGGUGGUACUGGGCCGGGAGCCAAUACAGCGGCCACAACUUGCACACCCGGACCGUACUUCAUCCGCGAGAUCUUGCGCGGCGCCGACAAGCUCCCCGUCAACAUCGGCAUCACAGCCAAGGGCAACGACAGCGACCCGGUGGCCCUCCGCGAGAUGGUCAAGGCCGGCGCGUGCGGGCUCAAGCUGCACGAGGACUGGGGCUGCACGCCCGCAGCCAUCGACAGCUGCCUGACGGUGUGCGACGAGCUAGACGUGCAGUGCAUGAUCCAUACUGACACCCUCAACGAGUCCGGCUACGUCGAGCAGACCCUCAAAGCCGUCGGCGACCGCACCCUGCACGCCUACCACACCGAGGGUGCCGGCGGCGGCCACGCCCCCGACAUCAUCCGUAUCGCCGAGUACCCCAACAUCCUCCCCUCCUCCACCAACCCAACCCGCCCUUACACCCGCAACACCCUGGAAGAACACCUCGACAUGCUGAUGGUCUGCCACCACCUGACCAAGGACAUCCCCGAGGACGUGGCCUUCGCCGAGAGCCGCAUCCGCGCCGAGACCAUCGCCGCCGAGGACGUGCUGCACGACCUGGGCGCCAUCAGCAUGAUGAGUUCCGACAGCCAGGCCAUGGGCCGCUGCGGCGAGGUCAUCUUGCGCACCUGGCAUACCGCUCACAAGAACAAGAUCCAGCGCGGGCCUUUGCCCGAGGAUGUUGGUACGGGUGCCGACAACUUCCGCGUCAAGCGCUAUAUUAGCAAGUACACCAUCAACCCGGCUAUUGCCCAGGGCAUGUCGCAUAUGAUUGGGAGUAUUGAAAAGAACAAGCUGGCUGAUUUUGUGAUUUGGGACCCGGCUUGGUUUGGUACCAAGCCCACUUGGGUCGUGAAAUGCGGCAUGGUUGCUUACUCUCAGAUGGGCGACGCCAACGCCUCGAUCCCCUCCGUCCAGCCCAAGAUAAUGCGCCCCAUGUGGUCCACCUACAUCCCGCAAACCAGCGUGGCCUUCGUCUCCCAGUCAAGCAUCGACAACGGCGUGGUCGGUACGUAUGGUCUGCUCAAACGUAUCGUGCCCGUCCGCGGGUGCCGUACCGUAGGCAAGCGGGAUCUGAAAUUCAACGAUGCCACGCCGCGGAUGAGGGUUGAUCCGGAGAGUUAUGUGGUGGAGGCUGAUGGGGUGGUGAUGGAUUCCGAGCCGAUGAGUGAGUUGCCUUUGGCGCAGACGGCGUAUUUUUACUAG